AUGCAUCCUGUGGUUCCUUUCUGGUACACAGGUCCAGCUGGAGAGCUGCCCCCAGGACCAGAUCUUUGGGACAAGCCUAGCCAGCAUGAAAGUCAGCCAGAGGUGGUUCCGGUGGUGGAUUCCCAGGAUCAGCAUCCAGAGUCCCCUGAAGAGCUAGAACCACUUCCAUUGAAGCAGGAGGUUUCGUCUCAGCCUCCAGAGCCCCCGGAGAUGGAUGAGAACUACAAAGACCUGCAGGCGGCCCUGGCUGAGCCUUCCUUCAGUCCUGAAGAGGCUGAGCCUCCUGUCCAGGAGGAAGCCCCAGCUCCAUCUUCAGCGCACCUUCAGGGGACACUUCCACAUCCUGGGCAGGUUCCCAGUCAGCAUCCAAACCUGACUCAGGUCACAGCUGCACCUGGGGACCUGGACGUUUCCGUACCUCAGCAGCCAGAGCCGUCUGAGACAGGUUUUCCAUCACUGACUCAGAAUUCAGUGGUGAACACCACCACAAACAACAUAUGUGAGCUCUGUAGCUGCACAGAUGAGACGCUGGCGUGCGUUGGUCUCAGCCCAGAGCAGAAGCUCCAGAGUGUGCCCGUGCCAGAGCCCAACGCUCACAAUGGCACCUUCACGAUCUUAAAUUUCCAAGGAAACUCUAUUUCUUACGUUGAAGAAAAUACAUGGAAGUCAUACACUUGGGUUGAGAAACUAAUUCUCAGUGACAAUCAGUUGAGUGAAUUACAUAAGGACUCAUUUGAAGGCCUGCUAUCCCUCCAGUAUUUGUAAGUUAGUUAACAUUUAUUUCUGAGCUUUUAGUUAUAUUAUCUAUAACAUAAAUAAGGGGUUUAAAUUAGACAAGUUGUAUAAUUUCUCCCAAAAAUAAAAAUUUGUAAUUCUGUACAUCUGUACAGGGAGGGCACUAGCCACUCUCUAGCAUUAAAUACCUCACCUCCUACGUGUUUUCAAUUUUUUAACUAUGUGGACAAGAUAGAUAGAAAAACCUUUCAGUUACUGAGGAAAAGUGGUAAUGAGG